AUGCCCCGAUCAGACGUUUUAGCCUCGCAGAAAAGUACAGAUGUGUUAUAUGCUGGCAGAUCCAGCCUGGUAAACUGCACCAGCCGUCGCCGCUGUCCCGCCGUCAGAGGGCGCAGCCAAAAAGAAGAGGCAGCCGAAGAAAGCUGCAGGGGGAGCCAAGAAAAGCGCAAGUCUUCCGGGCCCAGCGUCUCCGAGCUGAUCCUAAAGGCCGUGGCCGCUUCUAAGGAGCGCAGUGGGGUUUCUCUUGCCGCCCUGAAGAAGGCUCUGGCUGCCGGAGGCUACGAUGUGGAGAGGAACAACAGUCGCAUCAAAGUGAAAGGCACCGGCGCUUCCGGCUCCUUCAAGCUCAAUAAGAAGCAGCUGGAGAGCAAGAAGGCCGCCCAGAAGUCUCUGAAACCCAAGAAACCAGCGGCAAAGAAAGUGGCCAAGUCCCCGAAGAAGCCCAAGAAAGCUCCGAGUGCAGCCAAAAGCCCCAAGAAGGUGAAGAAACCCGCAAAGGCGGCUGCUGCCAAAAGCCCGAAGAAGCCUAAAGCUGUGAAGCCCAAGAAGGCGGCUAAGAGUCCGGCCAAGAAAGCGGCGAAGCCCAAAGCCGCCAAGAGUCCGGCCAAGAAAGCAGCGAAGCCAAAAGCGGCAAAAAAGCCCGGCCAAGAAGGCAGCUAA